AUGGGCGGUUUCAAGCUUCUCGGUCUUGCUGCUCUUGCCAGCACAAGUCUUGCUGCACCUCUCGAGGAACGCGCGAAGCAGCCUAAGAGCUUCUUCAAGGAAGCUGGCAACUCAACCUGGGUGAUUGGAAACGAUGUAUGGAAUGUCACGCAGAACCUCCAGUACGCCAACAAGCUCUGGUACAAGGGAAAGGAUCGAGUUGGGCAGGCUGUUGGCCACUAUGUGAGCUACAAUGGCGCAGCUUCGGACCUGAAGUGGCUUUCUGCGUCAGUCGUGGAUAAGGGCACCGACUGGAUCAACAUCAAGUUCGUCGCUGCCGAGGGCGACUUCCACUGGGUCAUCUACGACGGUCUCCAUGGAUCAUACCAGUACUUUGUCAACCAUGCGCUUCCGACCCUUGGCGAGUUCAGAACGCUCUGGCGCCUCGACAACGUUUCCUUCCCCAAUGCGCGCACGAACAUCAGAGACGGUCCUCUGCCGGCGCUUGCUGAAUAUGCCAUCUCCACAAACGUGCAGGACGAGACAUGGCAGAAACCUGACGGUACCUUCUUGACCAAGUACGACUGGAGUAGUAACGUCCGCGACAACGACUUUCACGGUGUCUACGGCGAGGAGGCCGGUAGUUGGUAUUUGAACCCGGGCAAGGACUACUUCAACGGAGACCACUUGAAGCAAGAACUCUUCGUUCACCGCGAAUCGAGGACCGGCGACGCUGUCCAGCUCAACAUGAUCCACGGAACCCACUACCAAGCAGUCUCGCGUGACGCCUUUGCCGACGGCAAGGUCUGGGGCCCAUGGCUCUGGUACCUGAACGACGGCUCCAGGGAGGAUGCCGCGUCUCGCGCCGCACAAGAAGAGGGCAAGUGGCCCUACAAGUGGUACAACGACAAAGCGUACCAGUCGCGAGGCAAGGUCCAGGGUCGCCUGCUCCUCUCGGACGGCCGUCCCGCUGCCGGAGCAGCAGUCUUCCUCGGCGACAACAACAACUCCACCAUCUCCACGCUCGAUCAGGGCAAGGACUUUUACUACACCUCGUACGCCGACGCGAACGGCAAGUUCUCGUUCAAGGACGUCCGCACGGGCUCCUACGCGCUGCAAGCCUGGGGCAACGGCGGCGCCAUCCGCGACGUCAUCACCAACUUCACGCAGAACAACGUUGAGAUCCGCAAGGGCGACACCACCAACCUGAAAGACCUGAGCUGGAAGGUCACCGACAAGAGCAAGCGCAUUUUCCAGAUCGGCGCCUUCGACCGCAAGACAGACGGCUUCGCGCUCGCGGACGAAGAGAAGCCGUUCGAGCACGGUCGCAUCUCCAAGGCGCCCGGCAGCCUCACGUACACCGUUGGCAGCAGCACAGACGCGGACUGGUACUUUGGCCAGUCUGCACUCGGCACGUGGAGUGUAAACUUCCCCGCGCCCAAGGCGGCUGCGGCGUCGAAGCUCACCGUCUCGCUUGCGGGGUUCAGUCAAGGCUCGAGCUGCGACAUUCUGCUCAACGACGUUAAGAUCGGCAACAUCACUAGCGCGAGUUUGUUGAACAGCCAGGAUACGUACCGAGGCGCGACGCGGAACGGAGAGUGGAGAUUGCUUGAGUUUCCCGUCGGCGCGGAGACGUUUGCAAACGGGACGAAUAAAUUAGAUAUUAAGGUCACUAGGACAACGCAGUGGAGGGGGUGGCUGUGGGAUAGUCUGGUGCUGGAGCAGGUGUGA